CGGGGGGAGGGUGGGGGAUGGCGCGGACCCCGGGGCCGGCCCCGCUGUGUCCCGGAGGCGGCAAAGCACAACUUUCCUCCGCUUCUCCCCCCGGGGCCGGGCUCCUGCUGCCGCCCCCGACGCCGCCGCCGCUACUGCUGCUGCUCUUCCCGCUGCUGCUCUUCUCCCGGCUCUGUGGUGCCUUAGCUGGACCAAUUAUUGUGGAGCCACAUGUCACAGCAGUAUGGGGAAAGAAUGUUUCAUUGAAGUGUUUAAUUGAAGUAAAUGAAACUAUAACACAAAUUUCAUGGGAGAAGAUCCAUGGCAAAAGUUCACAGACUGUUGCAGUUCAUCAUCCUCAGUAUGGAUUCUCUGUUCAAGGAGAGUAUCAGGGAAGAGUCUUGUUUAAAAACUAUUCACUUAAUGAUGCUACAAUUACUCUACAUAACAUAGGAUUCUCGGAUUCUGGAAAAUACAUAUGCAAAGCUGUUACAUUCCCACUUGGAAAUGCUCAGUCCUCUACAACUGUAACUGUAUUAGUUGAACCCACUGUAAGCCUGAUAAAAGGGCCAGAUUCUUUAAUUGAUGGCGGAAAUGAAACGGUAGCAGCCAUUUGUAUCGCAGCCACUGGAAAACCAGUUGCACAUAUUGACUGGGAAGGUGAUCUUGGUGAAAUGGAAUCCACUACAACUUCUUUUCCAAAUGAAACAGCAACAAUUGUCAGUCAGUACAAGCUGUUUCCAACCAGAUUUGCUAGAGGAAGGCGAAUUACUUGUGUUGUAAAACAUCCAGCCUUGGAAAAGGACAUCCGAUAUUCUUUCAUAUUAGAUAUACAGUAUGCUCCUGAGGUUUCAGUAACAGGCUAUGAUGGGAAUUGGUUUGUAGGAAGAAAAGGUGUUAAUCUCAAGUGUAAUGCUGAUGCAAAUCCACCACCCUUCAAAUCUGUGUGGAGCAGGUUGGAUGGACAGUGGCCUGAUGGUUUAUUGGCUUCAGACAAUACUCUUCAUUUUGUCCAUCCAUUGACUUUCAAUUAUUCUGGUGUUUAUGUCUGUAAAGUGACCAAUUCCCUUGGUCAAAGGAGUGAUCAAAAGGUCAUCUACAUUUCAGAUCCUCCUACUACUACCACCCUUCAGCCUACAGUUCAGUGGCAUCCCUCAACUGCUGACAUCGAGGAUCUAGCAACAGAACCAAAAAAAUUGCCCUUCCCAUUGUCAACUUUGGCAACAAUUAAGGAUGACACAAUUGGCACAAUCAUUGCUAGUGUAGUGGGUGGGGCUCUCUUCAUAGUACUUGUAAGUGUUUUGGCUGGAAUAUUCUGCUAUAGGAGAAGACGGACGUUUCGUGGAGACUACUUUGCCAAGAACUACAUUCCACCAUCAGAUAUGCAAAAAGAAUCACAAAUAGAUGUUCUUCAACAAGAUGAGCUUGAUUCUUACCCAGACAGUGUGAAAAAAGAAAACAAGAAUCCAGUGAACAAUCUAAUACGGAAAGACUAUUUAGAAGAGACUGAAAAAACGCAGUGGAACAAUGUAGAAAAUCUCAGUAGGUUUGAAAGACCAAUGGAUUAUUAUGAAGAUCUAAAAAUGGGAAUGAAGUUCGUCAGUGAUGAACAUUAUGACGACAAUGAAGAUGACUUAGUUUCCCAUGUAGAUGGUUCCGUAAUUUCCAGGAGGGAGUGGUAUGUUUAGCAACCACUAAAUGUGACUUACCUAUAUACAAUGUUUCAUUCAUACUAGUUGAUCAUUUUCAGAUUGUUCAUACUUUUUCUUGAGGAAGAAUAAGCUUUUUCAACUUGAUUUUCAAGCUUACUUUUUAUAUUCUAAUUUGACAAAUGAAACUGUAAAAUCUGGGUUCAAUGUAUCUGAGCUGCUUUACAAUUUUUUUUCAAUGCUGUACUACUGUCUCAAGAUUUAAAUUUUAAUGCAGAGUACUUUAUUGGUCUGAGGCACACAGGUAAGAAGAAAUGUCAACAUUAAAUGUAUGACUUUUUUUGGUACAAAAAUUAAAAAGGAAAAAAAAAAAGGAAACUACCUUGGCAUUGUGUAUUAAAUGUUUACCUAAGACUAUAAUCUCAAGUAUAAUGUUUGUUAAACAUAUACCUCUCAAAAUUUAUCACCACUAAAUGACACUACAUGAAAAUCGACUAUAAAACUAAUUCAAGAAAUGUUUAUAUAUAUUUUUAGUAUACAAAAAAGUAUUCAGCCUGACAAACAUCUUUCCUUUUCAAACAUUGUUUUCUAAGUUUCUAUAUAAAUGGAAUCUUUACCUCUGCAUUUUAAUGAGCCUUGCCAUAAUUACUGUAGAGUGGCUUUUCAAAGGUAUUUUGUUGCACUAAAACUGUGGUAGUAAACUCAGUGAACAUGCUGUGUGGAAGAGCCUAAUUAGCUGGUCAGUAUUUUUGUCUAAAAUACAUACAAAAGUCUUAAUAAAAACAUGCCUUCUAAACAUAAUUAUUACAUUUUUUUUUCAUCUCUAGAGGACAAUACUUACGGUUUCGUAUGAACAUGGAUUUUGGUACAUUAAGUGGCAUACAUAGUUUUGUUUGAAUGCUUUAUGUCCUAAAUAUAAGAAUAAUGAAAAGAUGGUACACAAUUGAGUAUAGUUCAGAGAGAGCAUUUAAGUAUAUGGAAAAAUGUGAGCAAGUUAGCAUUGGAGUACAGUUUUUAGAAAUGAGAUAUGUCAGCCAAAAAUCUAUACAAAGAAUUUUCUAGCCCAUCUUGUCUUAGUUACCUAAUAGUGAAUGUUGUUCAAACGGGUAAAUAUACAGAAAAAUUAGAAUAAACUUGUAAAUUUGAGGUUUAAUGAGAAAAAUCUGAAUUAUAGAACCACUCACUAGCGCUUGCUGAUGUAUAUUGGCAGAUCAUCUCCGUUUUCCUCCUAAAUGUAUGUGUUUGUUUCAAGAUUUUUGUUUUUCCAAUUAAAACUGGAAACAUCAUAAACAUCAUAAGGUUUUUUUGUUUUGUUUUUGUUUUUUCCAUAAUUCAUUAAGUAUAUUCUUUCCAAAAAUCAUGUAUCUUUUGAAAAAGAAAUGUUAUCUAAAUCUUCAAAUGUGGGUUUCUUUGUGAGAUAAUUAAAUUGCUUCUACAGUGGAGUCCUACAAAAUUGUAAUGAUGACAACUAUUUUGAAGCCCAAAGAAUAUGUUGUUUUCUGUUGAUGAUUCAUUUGAAAAAAGGACUGUGUAGAAUUGCCUUAGGUAUUUUGCCAGGAAUUGAAGUGGUUAGUAGUAGGAGAAUCAUAAAUAAAUUAUUUUGUUAAUAAAAA